AUGUCGUUGUCAAACCCAGCAUCCACAUCCGACCCGCAGGAACCACCACGCAAGCGUCAGCGAGCACGGAAAGCCUGCUUACCCUGCCGCCAACGCAAGCGGAAAUGCGAUACUGAGUUUCCAUGCUCUAUGUGCACCACGUAUGGGUACCAAUGCCAGUUCUCGCAGGAUGACAGCCCAACAGCUGCGUUUGUUGAAAAAGUGGGACCAUUCCAUGCUCAGUCUGGUCCAAGACAUAGUCCCGUGAUCGAGAAUCGGAAUCAUACACAGCCCUAUAGCCCCGGAGUCGGACCCUCAUUACCUCCAAGGGAAACUGAAGCUGGCACUCCUAGUUCAGCAAGAUCUUCUGUGGCUGCCCCAGCUGUACUCGUUUUGCUGGAUCCCAUGAGGAGGCGAUUCAUGGGUCUCCAUUCCGUGACUGCUUUUCCACGAAGUCUCGGCCUAGAUUUCCAGUCUGCAAAUCCACCACGCGUACACUCCUUCGCAUACAACUGCGGUAUUCGUUCCGAAGAAGAAGGUAGUGCACAUGCAGAUCUACGAGAUCUAAUCUCACGAGAAGAUUUCAAAAGAUAUGCGGAUAUGUAUUUCGAUACUGCGCAUGACCUCUUCGUUGCCUUUGAUCAGCAACUUUUCUUACAAAAUGUGGAGCAAUUUUGGAACCAAACGGGUCCGGCGUCGAUUUUUGAGGCCAUCAUGGCGGGUGUUGCUGCUCUUGGGUCGUUCUUCUCCGCGAGGCUUGGAUGUCCCAGGGAGGCGGAGUUGGUACUCCAUGCGAAGGGCAUCCUAGAGGAUCCAACUUUCCAACCUACCAUCGAUCAUGUAUCCGCGUGGAUUCUAAGAACUCUUUACUUGAGGGCAACGACUCGGCCUCAUCUCGCAUGGCUUGCGAGCUGUACGACCAUCCAUCUAGCAGAAGCAACAGGACUGCACAUGGAAAUCGAUCAGAUAGCUCUGACGGAACCGGAGACUGCACAGAGCACUUUGAAAAGCCAAGGACUCUGCGAAUUAGUCCGGAGGAUAUUCUGGACUGCUUGGCGGAACAACAUGAUGGUAUCCUACGAGUACGGACGAUCUGGUAUUUCGCUCUCAAACAUCACUUGUAAAGUCCCGCGGUAUCCCCCAGAUGAUCCGGGCCUGCAGCUGCAUACUAUUGUCGAGCUUGUACCAAAGGAUACUACAGAUGGCCAGGAUCUCAACUUACACGGCACGUUAGAGAAAGCCAAAUUGAUACAGGACACGCACCCAUUCGUAUCAAUGUCUAAAGCUGAUCUAUGUAUGUCGUUAUAUCGGCAUCAUCGAUUAUUGAAGCUCAGUAUCGACAAAUCGGAUGUAUUGAAAUUGAUUGACAUCGGAAAUGUUGCUAUAAACGCAGCUUUGAAGCUCGCCGAAGAGAAUAAAUUCUGGUGGAAUGUCCUGUGCACUGUCUUUCAAUACGUCUGCGUCCUUCUCGCUCUCGAUACAGCAGACAGCCUUUCCAACGUUGCGAAUGCAAUGAGUGUCUUAGAGAAGAUAUCUAGAUUGCUAGGUACGCAUAUGGCUCAGGAAGCUGUCAAUACGGCGAAGAUUCUGCUGAGGGACUCGAUGAGGAAAAAGAGGCUUGAACUGGGCAUGCUGGAAGUUGCUGAUGUGGGAGAGGGCCAGGGAGAUGCGCCGGCGGAUUUGAAUGGCAUGGAUAUCAACUGGGAUAUGUUGCUGGAUCCAUGGUAUAUGUCGAAUUUUCAGGGCAUGGCCGGGAUGGGAGAGGUGUAUCCGAUGGCGGAUUUUGGUGGUGGAGGGACAACGGGCUGA